GUAUAUUUUGAAAACAGUAAUUCUGGGCCAGAUGCUCUCCUUGUUUAUCUGUGGGACUGCUGUAACAAGCCAGUACCUAGCAGAACAAUACCAAGUGAAUACUCCAAUGUUUCAAAGUUUUAUCAACUAUUCUUUGCUUCUGUUAGUUUAUACAACAAUGCUGGCAUUUAGGACUGGUAUUGACAGUCUUUGGCAAAUUCUGAAACAGAGGUGGUGGAAGUAUAUUAUUUUGGUACUGGCUGAUGUUGAAGCCAAUUACAUGGUUGUAAAAGCCUACCAAUACACAACCCUCACAAGUGUACAGCUGCUGGACUGUUUUGGGAUUCCUGUGCUGAUGGCUUUGUCAUGGUUCGUUCUUCGUGCAAGAUACAGGCUGAUCCAUUUUCUUGCUGUUGCUGUCUGUUUGCUGGGUGUAGGAACAAUGGUGGGUGCAGACAUUUUGGCAGGGAGGCAGGACAGCGAAGGUAGUGACGUGGUGAUUGGAGAUGUCUUAGUGCUUCUUGGUGCUUCUUUGUAUGCCAUUUCUAAUGUGAGUGAGGAAUACAUUGUGAAAAAUCUGAGCAGAGUGGAGUUUCUAGGAAUGGUGGGCUUGUUUGGGACUGUUAUCAGCGGUCUACAGCUAGCCAUUGUGGAACAUAGGGAGAUAAUGAGAAUUCAGUGGAACUGGAAAAUUGCAUUGCUGUUCACAGCCUUUGCUCUGUGCUUGUUUGGGCUGUACAGCUUCAUGCCCGUAGUGAUUAAAGUUACCAGCGCAACCUCGGUCAACCUGGGUAUUCUGACAGCAGAUCUCUACAGUCUGAUCUUUGGGCUUUUCCUCUUUUGUUAUAAGUUUUCAGGUCUUUAUAUCCUGUCCUUCAUUAUCAUCAUGGUGGGCUUCAUCAUGUAUUGCUCCACUCCAACUGAGACAGCAGAACCCACUGCCUUGCCACAGCCCAGCAGCACUGGUUUGGACAACGCUGCGCUGAAGCUCGAUGAGAAUGACAGUGAAACCCCAGCCGUAACCGUACAGUUCUCAAGUGGAGAAGCUGUGGUGGUCAGCACUGGGUAAAGAAGUGGCAGCGUUCCUAAACAGAGCCUUUUUGGUUUUUUUCUUUUUACUGCCAAAUAUCCCUCAAAUUUUAAUCUGGAGAAUUGUUCUACUGCCAGGGCAUAUGU